GUCAUAUUAAAAAGCACAUUGUAGAAUCACCUUUUGAUAAGUUUGUUUUGUUGACUGUAUUUUAAUCUCUUUCUGUAAUACAACAAAUUUUUGUUAUAAAAAAAAGAGUUUGGGUUUAUUUUGAAAACACUAUUUGUUAACAAUGACUGAAACAAAGGAAGUUCCGGAAGCACAGAUUUUUAAAACUGUGCUUACAUAUUGUCUAUUUAUUAUUGCAUUACCAAUAAUAAGUUUCUUUACGAGCAAGACAUUAAUAUUCAAUAGUCUCUUGGGGGUAAAUAGUAUAUCAAGUAAUGUGUAUGCUGCAGGUGUUGCUAUAAUUGUUUUGCAUGUGGCUCUAGGUGCAUUUAUUUACAGAACAUAUUUCGACUCGCAAACAAAGAGUCCAGCGAAAACGGAUUAAAUGGAAUUUACUUUCUUAAUACAUGUAUUAUAUAAUAUAAAAAUGUGACAUUAUUUUAUAGUAUAUAUUUUCAAGUAUUUGGAAAUAUUUUAUCCUAUUAAGAAUGUAGGAAUUUAAUUAAAUAUGCUUG